UGCGCAAGGCGCAGAGACGGAAAAAUGGCUGCAAACAUGAAGCCCGUGCUGUAUUCUUACUUCAGGAGCACUUGCUCGUGGAGAGUCCGAAUUGCUCUUGCUCUGAAGGGGAUAGAGUACGAGUACAGAGCAGUUCACCUGCUCAAAGACGGUGGAGAGCAGCUUGCUGACUCGUACAAAGCCAUCAAUCCGCAGUGUGAGGUCCCCACCCUGCUCAUCGAUGGACACACUCUCACUCAGUCUAUGGCCAUUGUGGAGUAUCUAGACGAGACGCAAGGCCCUCCGUACCUACUACCACGAGAUGAUCCCCACAGGAGACAGCAAGUUCGAGCAGUGUCUCAAUGUGUAGCCUGUGGCAUCCAGCCUAUUCAGAAUCUUCGAGUGCUCAAGUUUGUUGGAGACGAGAAGAAGGCUGAGUGGGGCAAGCACUGGAUAGAACUAGGCUUCAACAGUUUGGAGAAAUUGCUUGAAACAACGGCCGGGAAAUACAGUGUGGGAGACGAGGUGACAAUGGCUGACCUGAUGGUGCUUCCACAAGUCUACAAUGCUAAUAGGUUCAAAGUGGACAUGUCGGCCUACCCGACCAUCACGCGUAUCGAGGCAGCCUUGUCAGAGCUGGAGGCAUUCAAGAAGGCUCACCCCACCCAGCAGCCAGACUGUCCCCCUGAACUCAAGUGACAGGCAGACCAUUAUGGGCAAUUUUUUUGGGUGCAUUGCUGCUUUAACUUUGCAAGAUAAUAAUUGUUUCUCAACACACACUUUUAAUAUAGUACAGAGAGUGGAAAUAAUGGUUGGAAGAGAACGGUGCACCUAUGAGGUGGACUGCAAAACUUUAAUGUGGGAGUCAUCACUGAAAUGCCUCUCGUGGUAUCUUUCCCUGGCCAUGGAGGAGGGUGAAGGCAGUAACAGCCUUAUUGAACUCCCACUCAUUCUCCGCCAGACAUUUUUUGCUCCACUCUAGAUUCAUACUUGUGGUCUGGGAUAUCCUCAUAAUGGCCUGAUCCUGUGGAUUAGGGAAGGAAGCAGGGGUGGGGGCGCUGGUUAGGGGAAAGGAGGAGGUUGUGGCGGCGGUGGCAGAAGCAGAUGGGAUCGUGGGGGGAGACGACUGGGCCAGUCCAGAGGAGCCAUACUGUGGUGGAGGAGGAGGCUGGUAGAGGGAAGACCCCUGCUGACUCGGCAGAGAGGAUGUCUGGAUGGGGUUCUCUGGCAGAGGCAGCAGUGCAGACUGGGGCUGAGGGAGAGAGGAGGCCUGUUGGAGACUGGCCAGCUCUUCACGAGCAAUCUGAGAGGAGACAGAGAAAUGGGUGACACCACCAGCAAAUAUCAAAUGUGAAUGCAUAAGUACACCACAUUUUCGAAGAAACUACAAUACUGCAAAGGCCCAUAAGAUCCAAUCUUUAAGUG